AUGGACAUCCAUGCUAAAGCAAAUUCCCAUCGACUAAUCAAUCACCAUGCUCAAUCCCUUCCUCUUCUUCCCUUCUCAUCUUCAAGCUUUGACGGAGACUCUUUCAAGGGUAAACAAAACAGCACUACGAAACCUCAAGUUACAGAGAUACAAGUCCGAAUAGACUGUAUAUAUGAUCUAUAUAUUGACUUCCCUCAACAGAAGUUGACAGUAAUAGGGUGGGCAGAUCCAGAAAAAAUAGUGAAAGCCAUUAGGAAAACUAGGAAGAUUGUGACUAUUUGUUCCCACAGACAGCCAUCAGAACCACCACAACAGCCACCUGAAGGUGGUGCAACACCACCAACCACUGAAGAAAUAAAACGUACCCCAGCAGAAGCUCCACAAGCUGAAGCAGCAGAGCCACCAAAAGAUCCACCACCACCUGAGAAUCCAACAACAGCAGAGAAACCAUCAUCAUCACCUGAUACUACAGAUGUCAAUGCAAGUCAGCCUACACUAGCCCCUGAACCAAAAGAUGUAGGAGAGGUUCAUGUUAUAUGCCAUCAUCCUCCUGAUUAUAGGUAUGGGUAUAGCUUUGGUCAUAAUUAUGGUGAUCCCUGGAACAGACACCCAAACUGCCAUGGACUUCCACUAGAGCCCACACACCCUAAUGGCCAUGAACUACCAACAGAACCACCACAGCCAGUCUAUGUGACUCACAGCUAUAACAUAUAUAGGCCAUCACCAUAUGUCACAGAAUAUGAGUACAUCCACUCUCCACCAUGCAACAUAAUUUCUAGUAGGAUGGAUAAUUACAGAAAGGAUUAUCAUGAAAAUACUCGCAAUGGAAACAUCACAUCUAUCUUCAGUGAUGAAAAUCCAAAUGUGUGUGGCAUAGUGUGA